CACCCUCCUCCGCUCAACCGGCCGCUCGGGCACGAGCCGCGCGCGGCCGCCGCGGAGCGCCGGGGCGUGCCUGCCGCGCAGUGCUGCACAGGCGGCCGGAGGCCCCCCCCCCUGUGCGACCCAUGGGCGCCUGCGCCCCUGGCGGCGAGCGCCGCGGCGGCGCGGCAGAGCCCGCAGCGCGCCGCCCCGAGGGCGGCCGCGCUGGCGGCGGGGCCCCGCCGGGCGCGCGCAUGGUGGGCGGCAGCCCGGCGGCAGCAGAGGCCGACCUGGCCGCGGAGCCCGAGGAUGGCCCGCCCGUGGCGGAGUCGCCGGGCGUCCGGGCCGACGGCCCCGCCUGCGACGGGGAAGUCCCCGCAGGCUUCGUCGCGAUCUCUGGCGAGGCCGAUGUGGUGACCGCCUUGCCCGACGCAAUGAACCCUUCGAAGCCUUCUUCUGGCCUGUUCAGUCUUGAGGACGUGAUCGCCGCCAAGGAGGCUGCGAGGCGGCUACUGCCCACUUGCCGGCUGAGCGAAUGGCAGGAGUGCUGGUGCACGCAGGAGGUCGUGUCCGUGUACCUCCGGGGGCGGCAGGGCGACCCCAAGCGCGCCGGGCAGGUGCUGGCGCGCGCCCUGCUCUGGCGGCAGAGGUACGAGGACGUGCUCUCCGGAGCCCGCGUGCCCAGGCCGGUGGGCGACAUGAGGGUCAUCGCCCGCAGCGAUUCGGGCCACCCCAUCUCGGGAGAGUGGUCUCUCAGGCUCUCGCUCGUUGCUCGGGGGGGGGGGGAAGAUUCUUCGUUCAACGUCCACGUCAGCGAAGCCGAGCUUCGUCAGUCAUACACGCGUGCUGUUCGUUCGCUGU